AAGCGAUUUCGCAUGUGUCAUUAUUAAUGUCAAUGUCAAAUGUCAGUCAGUUUUGUUUAUGUUUUGUUGUUGAGUGGGAUUUUGGAUUUUGUACGAAGCGUUUUGUAUUUUGCAUUGUGUUAUUUUUUUCUUUCCUCUUUGUGCUCGUUUGACCUAGAUAUAGUGUUAUCAGUAUGGAGAAGUUUGUAAAAGCUACGUCUAACAAUCUUCCCAGGGUAGACAUUUUUAUGGUGCACGAGUUAUUAAAACGAGAUAAUCGCUUUAAUAGUGCCGAAAUCGCUGGUGUAAAAGCAUCAAGUUCCACCAGAGAAAGUUAUGGUGACAAUGCUAUAGGCUACGUAGAAUUAAAAAGGAAGGGCCCGCUAUGCACUGUAAAAGCCAGAAUAUGCCCAGAGCAUAAAGUUAGGAGCAAGGCCUACACCAUUGAAACUGUAAUAAAUGAAGAAGAAGAAACUUUUAUAGAUGUUUGUUGCAAAGACUGUGCAGCCGGUGAAGGAGGUUGUAAGCAUGCUCUAGCUUUUUUAAUGUGA